AGAUGGGUCUGGGUAAGACUCUCCAAACCAUAGCCCUGCUCGGCACACUCAAGAUGGAGUACAACAUAGGCGGACCCCAUCUGGUGGUGGUGCCCAUGAGUGUGCUGUCCAAUUGGAUGACCGAGUUCAAGCGCUUCUGUCCGUCGCUGAAGACACUCCGCUACCACACCGCAUCCGACGCGGAGAAGGCGCUUAUGCGCAAGGAGAUUGCGUACAAGAGCCCCCGCGGACUGCUCGAUGUGGUGGUGACUACGUACGAGGUUGUGGCGGGUGAGUUUCGGCGCGGCCGGUCCGGUCUGUUCAGUCAACGCUGGCGGUAUGUGGUGGUGGAUGAGGCGCACAAGGUCAAAAACCACGAGAGCCAGAUCUCCAUGGCCUGUCGGACACUCACCCGCAACCACACACUGUUCCUGACGGGUACACCGCUACAGAAUAACCUCAGCGAGUGCUGGGCGUUGCUCCACUGCAUGCAACCAGACAUCUUCCAAAAGGCCGAUGUGUUUGACAACGCGUUCGAUGCCAGUGACGUGACCACCACCGAUCUGGCCCUGGUAGACCAUGUGUGGCAGCUGCUGAAGCUGCUGGUGCUGAGACGUAGGAAGAAGGAGAUAGACCUCGCCCUGCCACCCAAGCGCGAGUUGCGUCUGCUGUGUCCGCUGAGUGAGCAGCAGAGCUUCUGGUACAAACGCCUACUACUGGCCCACGCACACCAUCUCGCGUCCAACGGCCACGAUACGGAGAAGGCUGCGGAUGAGGAAGGGGAAGGCAGAGAGCCUUUGCCUAAGCUCAGCAACCUGAUGAUGCAGUUGCGUAAGGUGUGCAUACACCCGUUCCUGUUUAAAGGGGCCGAGCCCGACGCCGAGGACACGACCGCGGACGAGUUGGCGGCGGCCAGUGGUAAGCUGCGCAUGAUGGACCGGUUGCUAGUCAAGCUCAAGGCGGAAGGGCACAGAGCGGUGAUCUUCUCCCAGUUCACCCAAAUGCUGGACCUAUUGGAGGACUUUUUGUACCUCAAAGGGUACCGGUUUGUCCGGUUGGACGGGGGCACCAACCGCAUCCAGCGUAUGAUCAAUAUCGGGCAGUUCAAUGCGCCGGGCUCGGUCGUCUUUGUGUUCCUGCUCAGCACCCGCGCGGGUGGGUUGGGCGUCAACCUGCAAACCGCAGACACAUGUAUCUUGUACGAUAGUGACUGGAAUCCCCAGGCGGAUCUGCAGGCCAUGGCACGCGUGCACCGGAUUGGCCAGACCAAGCCCGUGACUAUUUAUAGAAUGAUUAUGACUGGCUCGGUGGAGGAGCGUAUUGUCGCACGGGCCCAGCGCAAGCUCAUGCUGGACGAGUUGGUCAGUCAUGGCAGCGAGUCGGUGUUUGGUAAGCGGUCGGAUACCACCACGGCCGAGACGGCCAAUGAGAGCACCAUGCGACGUGCACUACGGUUCACCAUGAAGCAGAUGUUCAAGAGGGAUGGUGGGGCUAUUGUUAGCAUGGAUAAGCCGGUGGGCGACGAUGUCCUGAGUGACGAGAAUCUGGACAAUCUUAUAGAGCAGGCACGUAACCAGACCGAGGAUAUGAUCGCCGAUCGCGAUGCCGAGGCCGCUGAGCUCGAGGAGGACGAUCCCAACGACAACUGCUUUGCGGCGGUGGCGGAUAGCCACAUCAAAAAGUUUGACAACAAGGUGUACACCGUCAGUGAGAUCUACAAGGGCGCCUCACUGAAGUCCAUCCGCCAGGAAUGGGACAAGAAGAAGCUGGUUCUGUCCGGAAAGCGUGAACGGGUGGACCGGUGUGUCAUGGUGGACGGGGGGGCUGGCCUGGGCAAACGUGUGGCCGUGCUCAGAAAUACACAGUACGAUAUCAGCAAGGGUUUGCCUGGUGUGUACGAUGUAGGGGGUGAGCUCUAUGGGAAGGCGCUCAUACCAACGCCCAAGAAACCUUCGCGUCUCGUGGCCGGGCGAGACUAUGAUAACCUGGACUUCUGCCAGUGCUGUGGGGUGUCGGGCGACCUGGUCAUGUGUGAUGGCUGUCCUAACUCGUUCCAUGUUAGCUGUCUCGGGUACAAGAAUAAGGCCCAUUUUGACCGGGAAAUGCGUCACGGCAGGGUUGCUAUGGCGUUCCGCUGCCCCCACCACGAGUGUGCACAGUGCGGCAAGUCGUCGGUCCGUGCAGGCAAUCUGCUAAUCAGAUGUGCGGGUUGUGCGAAUGCGUACUGCGAGGACUGUGCCGAUUGGGAUACGCUCAACGUACUCACUGACCAGCCCCCUCUGCUACACCAGAAGCUCGGGUUUAAUCUGUGCAGGCAAGCGGCGUAUGUGCAUUGUUCGCCUGCGUGCACACACGCCUACGAACAGGCGGAAGAGCUGUACAUUGACUUGGCCCAGCCCCCGGACCCUCAGGCUGUGGUUGUGGUGCCAAAAGAUCCCACACGCAAGGCACGCAAGGCCAAGAAAAAUGGGGCUGCCAGGGCCAAAGCUGCAGUGACCGAGAAGAGAACAAUCGUCAUUGAUGGCUCUUCCGAGUCCGCCGAUGAGCUGUGCAUGGAUACGAAGGCGCCGAUGGUGGCGCAGCAGUGUGGAGACGGAGAUGUAUGGGGUUUUAAUAAACCAUCGAUUGUAGGUAAGACAAAGGGCAAGGGUAAUGGAUACAAGAAAAAGACCAGCCUGUCGACGGCGAAGGGACUGUCCAAGAGGAAAGUCCCACAGCAGCAGACUCUUCUGACGCAAAGCACGCGUCAAAAUGCUACAGAUGCCGUGGUGCCGAAGGUGGAACCUCAGACCAAGGUACCGAACUCUGCGGAGAAAGUCCCCUCAAGCGCUAUCAAGACCACACGCACAACACGCUCGCGCCUGGUGACACCAGCCUCACAGCCUGGCCAAGCACGUGCGGGCCCCCCGGUGUCUAGUUAUGUUGUGGCCCAGACGGAGGACUGUCGUCCCCCUACGUUUCUCCAUCAAACACGAGGAUCGGGGGGUUCAGCUGCAUUGUCGUAUGCAGGACAAUCAGUUAUAGGACAAGUGCCUGUACGACAAUCGCCCGCACAAGGCAGUGGGAGGACGUCGAGUCGGCUCCGCUCGAGAGAAGCGAGCGCGCUGCCUGUUGUGAGUAAAGGACCUUUUGUGUUUAGCAAAGAUACGCUCGUUGCUAAGGUCGAGAAUCCGUUUGGUAUGAAGCAAGAGGGUGCCGUAGCUAUGGAUGCCCAAUCAGUCCAUGGUGUGCCGCAGGUGGCGGCGGCGGCGUUGUGAGCGCGAGAUUUAAUUUGUAUUUAAGUAUUUGGUAUUUGUUUUAGAUUUGGUAAUUAAAGGAUUUGUACAUGAU